AAAAGAACCAAAAAUAAAAACGAAGAGAAAGAGAAGCAAAGGGUUGCAAGGGUUUUAUUCCCACCCAGCCUCUCAUAUAUAAAGGAAACAAACUCGCCGUCUUGCACCUCACAGCCUCGUUUUCACUCUAGCACACAAAACCUCCAGGAGGGAUUCUAGGGUUUUCAGAGGCUCAUCUCUCUCUGUCGAAGUCUUAACCAUGGCGACUAACGCCGCUGCACCUCCGCGUCAGCUCUCUCAGAAAGAGGCUGACAUCCAGAUGAUGUUGGCCGCUGAGGUCCAUUUGGGUACCAAAAACUGUGACUUUCAGAUGGAAAGAUACGUCUUUAAGCGCCGCAAUGAUGGAAUUUACAUUAUAAAUCUUGGCAAAACCUGGGACAAACUUCAGCUGGCGGCCAGGGUGAUUGUUGCUAUUGAGAAUCCCAAGGAUAUAAUUGUACAAUCAGCAAGGCCCUAUGGGCAGAGGGCUGUCCUUAAGUUUGCUCAGCACACUGGUGCUAAUGCAAUUGCCGGGAGGCACACUCCUGGUACCUUUACCAACCAGAUGCAGACUUCUUUCAACGAGCCCCGUCUUCUCAUUCUGACUGAUCCAAGAACUGAUCACCAGCCAAUCAAGGAAGCAGCUCUUGGAAACAUACCCACCAUUGCCUUCUGUGAUACUGAUUCUCCUAUGCGUUAUGUUGAUAUUGGCAUCCCAGCUAAUAACAAGGGAAAGCACAGCAUAGGAUGUCUGUUUUGGCUCCUAGCAAGGAUGGUUUUGGAGAUGCGAGGUUCCCUCCGUCCAGGGCAUAAGUGGGAUGUCAUGGUUGAUCUGUUCUUCUAUAGAGAGCCUGAGGAGGCCAAGGAAAAGGAGGAGGAAGAAGCUGUUGCAGACUCAGGUUAUGGAAUGGGUGGAUAUACUGCACCCGGUAUUGAUCUUGGUGGUGAUCAAUGGCCUACCCAAGCUUCUGAUGCUACUUGGCUAGCAGAUGCCCCUGCAGCUGCCCCAGCUCCUGGUGUUGGCUGGAAUGCAGAACCAGCACCUUUAACGGCAGAUGUGUGGGAAGCUAUUCCACCAACACAGGCUCCUGUCCCCUUGAAUGAAGUUGUUUAA